AAUUAAAUUAACCAUCUAGAGUAUAAAAACGGUAGCACAACACAGCAGCAACAUUCAGUUUUAUUCAAACAGAAGCUAGAAAAUCAACCCAAAAAUCAAAAUGGUCAAAUUCAUCAUUGUCUUGUGCGCUUUCAUUGCCUGUGCUGCCGCCAAACCCGGUGUUGUAGCUCCUUUGGCUUAUACCGCUCCCUUUGCCGCUGCUGCUCCAUUCGCUUACUCCGCCCCUGUUGCUGCCUACUCUGCUCCUUUGGCUUAUGCUGCUGCUCCUGUAGCUUAUGCUAACGCUCAUUUGGAUGCCGCUUAUGCCAGCAGCCGUGUUGACAUCAAGCAAAACUACAAUGCUGCCGUAGUUCCAGCCACUUAUGCUGCCGCCGCUGCUGUACCCGUAGCUACUCCCUUCGCUGCUCCCGUAGCCCCAGUUGCUGCCGUAGCUCCUCUUAAAUACACUGCUGGCCCCGUUUUCUUGUAAAUGUGUUGCUUUUCGAGUUUUUGUAAAUAAAAUGAAUAGUUUUAAUUGAAAGUAAAAA